AUGUCUAAGAAGACGCAGACCGUCAUCGGUGCGGACAUCACCCAUGGUGCUGUCAUCGAUAUUGGAGGUUCGAACAUGGGUGCUACGGUCCUGACUCGUCUUCGUGACGCCCUCUACGAUACCCCUGAGGAAAGCCCCAUCGUUCUUCCCGAUGAGCUCCUAUACGACGACAAGGGGCUCGCCAUCUGGGCCGAGAUCAUCUUCACGCCUGAGAACUAUCAGGCCACUGAUGAGAUGAAACUUUUCGAGGCCAACAGUCCUGAGAUUGCCACAUAUAUCCCGGAGAAAUCUGUCAUGGUUGAUCUGGGUGCUGGCGACCUCCGCAAAGUUGGCAUCCUCUUGGCCGAGCUUGAGCAGCGUGAGUCCAAGACAACCUACCUUGCUCUAGACAUCUCCAAAGCCUCUCUUUCGUUCAAUCUUGAGACAUUGUCAACCAAACACUCGCGAGUCCUGACCGCCGGCCUUUGGGGCGACUUCUCUGCAGGCUACGCAUUUGUUGCCGCCCUUCCACCCUCGACACCACGCGUGCUCCUCUCUCUUGGUUCCGUUCUCUUCAACGACGAGUUUCACACAGCCCUCACCUCUCUCCAGAAGUGGGCUUCUCUGUUGCAGGAAUCGGAUAUCAUCCUUGCCGGUAUGGAUGGACACACCCUGGCCGACCAUCGCGACAAGAUCUGGGCUGCCUACCACGCCCACGAGGACCUCUUUGCCCGAUUCUGGGCCAACGGAUUUGAGCACGCGAACCGCCUGCUCGGCGGCGACAUCCUCAAACCUGACGAUUGGGAUAUAUGUGCGGAGCUUGAUGAGAAGCAAUGCCGCCAUCGUUUCUACUUCCGUGCCCGCCGUGAUAUUGACAUUGCUGAGGGACGGAUUUUACACUCGGGGUGCGAGAUGGACUGGUUCGAUGCACACAAAAACGGCGUCGACAGGGUCCGUCAGCUUUGCGGCCUUGCCAAUUUGGAGGUCCUCAAGGUCUGGAAGGCCCCUGGAUCGGAGAUGUACCAGUACCUGCUCCGGAAGAAAGGCCGAGCAGGCUCGCCUGCUGACUCUGCCAUCAGUGACAUGCAGUAG